AUGUUGUACAUGCGCACCUCACUCCUCACACUCCCCUUCUCAUCCGCGCAUCCCCACCGCACUCAUGCGCAGCCCACUCCUCACACUCCCCUUCUCAUCCGCGCAUCCCCACCGCACUCAUGCGCAGCCCACUCCUCUCACCCCCCUUCUCAUCCGCGCAUCCCCACCGCACUCAUGCGCAGCCCACUCCUCUCACUCCCCUUCUCAUCCGCGCAUCCCCACCGCACUCAUGCGCAGCCCACUCCUCACACUCCCCUUCUCAUCCGCGCAUCCCCACCGCACUCAUGCGCAGCCCACUCCUCUCACUCCCCUUCUCAUCCGCGCAUCCCCACCGCACUCAUGCGCAGCCCACUCCUCUCACUCCCCUUCUCAUCCGCGCAUCCCCACCGCACUCAUGCGCAGCCCACUCCUCACACUCCCCUUCUCAUCCGCGCAUCCCCACCGCACUCAUGCGCAGCCCACUCCUCUCACCCCCCUUCUCAUCCGCGCAUCCCCACCGCACUCAUGCGCAGCCCACUCCUCUCACUCCCCUUCUCAUCCGCGCAUCCCCACCGCACUCAUGCGCAGCCCACUCCUCACACUCCCCUUCUCAUCCGCGCAUCCCCACCGCACUCAUGCGCAGCCCACUCCUCUCACUCCCCUUCUCAUCCGCGCAUCCCCACCGCACUCAUGCGCAGCCCACUCCUCUCACUCCCCUUCUCAUCCGCGCAUCCCCACCGCACUCAUGCGCAGCCCACUCCUCACACUCCCCUUCUCAUCCGCGCAUCCCCACCACACUCAUGCGCAUCCCACUCCUCUCACUCCCCUUCUCAUCCCGCAUCCCCACCGCACUCAUGCGCAGCCCACUCCUCUCAUUCCCUUUCUCAUUCGCGCAUCUCCCACUCCUCUCACUCCCUUUCUCAUCCGCGCAUCCCCACCGCACUCAUGCGCAGCCCACUCCUCUCACUCCCCUUCUCAUCCCCGCAUCCCCACCGCACUCAUGCGCAGCCCACUCCUCACACUCCCCUUCUCAUCCGCGCAUCCCCACCGCACUCAUGCGCAGCCCACUCCUCACACUCCCCUUCUUAUCCACGCAUUCCCACCACACUCAUGCGCAUCCCACUCCUCUCACUCCCCUUCUCAUCCGCGCAUCCCUACCGCACUAAUGCGCAGCCCACUCCUCACACUCCUCUUCUCAUCCGCGCAUCCCCACCACACUCAUGCGCAUCCCACUCCUCUCACUCCCCUUCUCAUCCCGCAUCCCCACCGCACUCAUGUGCAGCCCACUCCUCUCACUCCCUUUCUCAUCCGCGCAUCCCCCCCGCACUCAUGCGCAGCCCACUCCUCUCACCCCCCUUCUCAUCCGCGCAUCCCCACCGCACUCAUGCGCAGCCCACUCCUCUCACCCCCCUUCUCAUCCGCGCAUCCCCAUCGCACUCAUGCUCAGCCCACUCAUCUCACUCCCCUUCUCAUCGGCGCAUCCCCAUUGCACUCAUGCGCAUCCUACCCUUCCCACCCCCGUACGCAUCCGCGCAUCCAGCGCGCAUACCUCGAUGGCUUUUAACGGAAUCUCUGCUGUCCACGAUUUUGCUUCAGUCUCCGUGA